UAGCAUUCUGGAUGAACGCUCCUCCACGAGCCCUAACCAAAUAUGUCACCGAAUACACCCGCCUAGCACCCACAGCCCGAAUCAUCAUCAUCCUAAGCUCCUCCAAGGACUUCAUGACGCGAUCCAGCAAGAAGGCGCAACAAGCGCGCCUCUCCCCAGCCGUCGAGGCUCUCCGGGCCUCUUUCUCCUCGUCUUCUUCGUCCGAAAAGACAGCCAAAGACCAAGAACAAGUCUUCAUACACAUGUUCUCCAACGGCGGCGUCUUCUCCACAAUCAAUCUCCUGGCCACUUACCAAAAGACAGUGGGCCGACCACUCCGCAUCUCAUCCACCAUCUUGGACAGUGCACCAGGCGUAGCGACGGUAUCUGGCGCCAUGAAGGCAUUCUCGUUCGCACUUCCGGGUCCGUGGCUUUUGCGCUUGUUCAGUAAGAUUGCGCUAUGGGUAUUUUUUGUGCUGGGGGCGCUUGUGCGCCGCCUUGUUGGGUUGUCAGAUACGGUUAGUGUUGCGCGGAAGGCGAUGAAUGAUCAGAGGCUGGUCUGUGGUGGUGACGGUGCGAAGCCGAGACGAUGCUAUAUUUAUUCGGAUGCGGAUGAGCUGGUGGAUUGGCGGGAUGUCGAGAGACAUGCUGACGAUGCGGAAGCGAGGGGUUGGGUGGUUACGAGAGAGAAGUUUCUGGGGUCGCCGCAUGUUUCGCAUAUGAGAACUGAUCCAGAGAGGUAUUGGGGGAUUGUGAAGAGAUAUUUGUUGGUGGGAUCGGUGUGAGCAGUAGACUGUUGUUGGGUUUUGCUGAAGGUUUG